CCUUCUUCUGUUUCCCAUUUCCAAACCUUGAUUUUCUUUCAGUUUUCUGAGGAAUAAAAUGUCCGAAGAUCCUUGGAAUCAAGAUAUCGUUGGAACUUGAGAAAGUUGUUGCACAAUUCUUCUCAUCGAAAUUAUAAUCAAAAUGGUGUACAUAUCCUAGCUUAGCCACCCGCACAUAGACAGCGUCGUAUGUCACCUACACACAUCCCUCACCUGACCUUUGCUCAACAUGUUUGCAAUUCCAUUGCACCAACUAACUCUACACUUAUUUUGAAACCAUAUAAUAUCCCUCUCCACAUCUACCCACACCUACUCAACAACACUCUACUCCGUCUCCAAGACACCACCCGCAUAUCCCUCAUUACUCUUCAUCUCAGGACCUCUAUCUUGUACAGAAUAUCGUAUCGGUUUGCACUGAAAAGUCAAGAUCCACUGAUUUCCAUUUUCACCAACAUCCAGAUGAUCUUCGCCACGUACCUGGAACAGGCGAUGCAUGUUCAGGAUGGUAGUGGCAGAAGAUCCAUCCAUCGUUGUGGUGCUAUGUAUUUAUUUUUCUCUCCGUUUAGUUUAGUUUUUUGCUAUUCAAUAGCUUAAAGAUUUAUAUUCCAUGACCUCAACUGAUGUACAUAGUUCCAUUAAUAUUUAGUUAAUACCAUUUUUUCUUGUAAUUCCGUAUUUUAAGUAUUAUUCUACUACAUUCCAUGCUUGAUCAAUUUUCGAGAAAACUAUGAAAUUCUCCCUGCUUUCUGCGUAAUAAUCCUAGUUUUUGGGAAAUUAAUCGAUAAUACGGAAAGUUGAUUUCAAGUUCUUGUUACCCAUCACCCAGAUUCCAAACUCCCGAUGACUUUUCCACUACCUCAACUGGCCCCCACUGGGUAAGGUCAUAAUAAUGGUAAUGGUCUAAAGCCAUCGGAUUGGUAUCUACCUCUUAUUAAUACAACUACCUAUAUUUUGUACUAUUACCUCUAAUAAAUAUUUUUAUCCCAGAA